AUGAAAGAACUACUUUUAAGAUUGGGCCCAUUGGGAGAUCCCAUCGCUGAUGGGCCUUCUAAUGGUAACCCUUUAUUCAAACUACACCUAUUGAUAUCGGCUGCCUCCCCGAUAUCAAAAAAUGGAAAAAUCUGGACCAACAUCCCUCCUCUGUCCUCAAUCUCUUUCAACAGAAAUAAACUUUAUAAGUACAAUAUCCAAACCUUUUUCUCAAACGACUCAAUUAUCCAUUUAGACAUCUAUAAACCUGGCUCCUUCUAUUACUACAUCUCCUACUCACCUCCCAACUCCUCCGAAAUUAAAACAACAAGAAAAUUCUAUAUCUUCGCUCAGCCAACCCUAUCAAUAAACAACAAGUUUCUUCCUUUGAACUCAAUAUCAAUCCAAUCUCUAGUCUCAAAAUGGCUAGGCCCCAAAAAAAACUGGAACUCCAUUUUUAAUCACAUUUCAAAUGAUAAAAAAUACAACAUGAUCCAUUUCACUCCUCUUCAAUCUCGUGGUGAAUCAAAUUCUCCCUAUUCAAUCUACGAUCAGCUCAAAUUCGACCCAAACUUGUUCGAUUCAACUGAUGAUGUCAAAUCUCUAGUCUCCUCUCUACAAAAAAACCACAAUCUUCUAUCCAUGACCGACAUUGUAUGGAACCAUACUGCCAACAACUCUCAAUGGAUCAGAGACCAUCCUGAAGUCGGCUAUAACGCUAAAACUGCUCCUCAUCUAACUGCUGCAAUUGAACUAGACUCAGCUUUGCUAGAAUUCUCUGAUCAAAUGAAAUCUCUAGGUUAUCCAACCAUAAUCAAUUCAGUCGACGAUCUAUUGAAAAUCAUGGAUGGAAUUAAAAUUCACGUUUUAGGCAGCCUAAAAUUAUGGCAAUUCUACAUCAUCGAUGUUCAAUCCUCAAUCUCAAACGUCUUGGACUUUUACAAAUCAAAUAAAUCUGACCUCUUUUCAAUCGACUUGCCAAAAGAUUUCAAAAAUUCUUUACCUAAUUUAGCAAAAUUCACUUUAAAUUACUCCAAAAAGAACCCCUUUGCUCUAAAAACAAGAUACUACAACCAACUCGACACCCAGAAAUUCACAUCCGUCUUAGUUUCCAUACUAAAUUCUCUAUCAAUUGAUGACCCAACCCUAGACCAAAUCAAAGAUCAAGCAAGAAAAAUCCUAGACGAAAUUAACCUACCCUUCUACAAAAUCUACGAUAACGAUGUAAGCGAAAUUCUUGAACAGCUAUAUAACAGAAUCAAAUUUCUAAGAUUGGAUUCCCAUGGUCCUAAACUAGGAGAAAUCACCUCUUUCAGUGCUCUAACAGAAACUUACUUUACAAGGUUUAAAGACCCAAAAACUGGCGAACAACAUGCUCUAGCCAACAACGGCUGGAUUUGGAAUGGUGAUUCCUUGGUGGAUUUUGCUUCCGAUAAAACAAAAGCAUAUCUACGUCGUGAAGUCAUCAUCUGGGGCGACUGCGUCAAAUUAAGAUAUGGCUCAAAACCUGAAGACUCCCCUUACUUGUGGAAAAGAAUGAUACAAUACACUGAGUUAUGUGCAAGUAUCUUUCAUGGCUUUAGAAUCGAUAAUUGCCACUCAACUCCUCUUCAUGUCGGCGAAAAAUUACUAGACGUUGCAAGAAACGUAAACCCAAAUCUUUACGUGGUUGCUGAAUUGUUUACCGGUAGUGAAGAAAUGGACAGAAUAUUUGUCGAAAGAUUGGGUAUCUGCUCUCUAAUUAGAGAAGCUAUGCAAGCUUGGUCCGUUGGCGAAUUAUCAAGACUAGUUCAUAGACAUGGUGGUAGGCCCAUUGGCUCUUUAACCUGGCUUCCUUUAGAUGAAUUGCCCUACCCUUGUGAUAAAGAACCUUCUCAAUAUCCUCAACAUUCAGAUUUUGUAUCUGAAAUUCAAAUACCAUUAACCGUAACUAGACAAGAACCCCAUGCUUUGUUUAUGGACUGCACCCAUGAUAAUGAAACCCCAAACCAAAAGAGAACCGUUGAAGACACUCUACCAAAUGCUGCUUUAGUCUCCCUUUGCUCUUGUGCUGUUGGUUCGGUUUUUGGUUAUGAUGAAUGCUAUCCAGAAUUGCUAGACGUUGUUAAUGAGAAAAGAACCUACACCUUUUCAAACACCGGUAUUUCACUAGUUAAGAAGAAAAUCUACGAAAUAAGAGACGAAAUCUCAAAUGAAAGUACUCUAAUAGAUGACCAUCAAAUGCACGUCCACCAUGAAGGUCAAUUUAUAACUUUGCAUAGAGUCAACUCCAAAACUGGAAAUGGCUGGUUUUUAAUUGCAAGAACAAAAUUUUCUAAUGAUACUGAUCAAUAUCUUGCUCCCAUAUAUCUUAGUGGUACAAGAGCUAAAUCUGUGUUUGCAUAUGCUUUAAAAAAAACCGGCGAAUAUAAAUAUUCUGAUACUGAAAUAACUUCAAUACCAACAACUUUGGAAAAAUUAGAUGAUCCCCAAUUCCAGUAUGAUCCAGUCAAAAAUGAAACAAAAAUUAUCAUGCCAAACUGCUUUCCCCAAGGAAGUAUUGCUCUAUUAUCAACAAAAAUUAUCGAUGCUGAUGAAAGUUUAGAUCAGUAUAUUCGAACUGGGGCAAUAGCCGCCUCAAAAAACUUGACUUUAUAUGACUUGAAUGCCUUAUUGUUUCGUUGUGAAUCAGAAGAAAGAGAUUCAAGUGGUGGAAAUGAAAGUGUUUAUAAUAUUCCCGACUAUGGUGAUUUGGUUUAUGCAGGUUUACAGGGAUGGGUUUCUGUAUUAAAAGACGUUAUCAGAAAAAAUGACCUAGCUCAUCCUAUCUGUUCUCAUUUGAGAAGUGGAAAAUGGGCAUUGGACUACAUUGUUAACAGGCUCAAUAAAUAUAACAAAACUGACGGUUUUGAAGAAUUUAAACUGUGGUUAUCUUCUCGAUUAAAUGCUAUUAAAAAGGUGCCCUUUUUUCUUAUUCCCCACUAUUUCGCUUUAGUGGUUGGUAUUGCUUAUGAAGCUUGCAGGUUUAGAGUAUUAAAGAUAAUGUCUAGCCAUAUUAGCCAUGGAACUUUAUUUGUUCAAAAUCUAGCCAUGUGUUCAGUUCAAAUGGUUGGAUAUAUGAACUCCACCUCAAUAAAGCCUUUUGAACAGGUUCCUUGUAUGGCUGCAGGAUUGCCUCACUUUAGUACAAAUUAUAUGAGAUGUUGGGGCAGAGAUAUUUUUAUAUCACUUCGUGGAUUACUACUUGCUACAGGCCGGUUUGCUGAUGCCAAACAGCAUAUAGUUUGUGCUGGAAGCACAUUGAAACAUGGGUUGAUACCAAAUCUUUUAGAUGCUGGAAGAAAUCCUCGUUACAAUGCUAGAGAUGCAGUGUGGUUUUGGCUUCAAUCUGUUCAAGACUACAUUGAUCUUUCUCCUAAUGGUGAAGAUAUUUUAGAUAUUAAAGUCAAAAGAAGGUUUCCACUCGAUGACCGAUUUAUUGAUUAUAAUAGUGAUGAGGCAUUUAGUUAUUCAUCGUCCAUCAAAGAGAUUAUUUUCGAAAUUUUAUCGCGUCACGCAAAAGGAAUCAAGUAUAGAGAAGCCAAUGCUGGUCCUAAUCUCGAUUCACAAAUGAAGGAUGAAGGGUUUAAUGUUGAAGUGCAUGUGGAUUGGUCUACCGGAUUAGUCCAUGGUGGCUCACAGCUCAAUUGUGGAACCUGGAUGGACAAAAUGGGAGAAAGUGAAAGAGCACACAAUAAAGGAAUCCCAGGAACACCAAGAGAUGGAGCACCGGUCGAGAUCAACGGUUUAUUAAAAAGUGCCUUGAGAUUUGUUGUGGAUUUAAAUAAGAAAGGUUUAUUCCCUUAUUCUAAAGUGACUACUCAAGAUGAUAAAGAAAUCACGUUUAGUGAAUGGAAUGAUCUUGUUCAAAGCAAUUUUGAAAAAUGUUUUUAUAUUCCACUUGAAUCAAAAGAUGACGUGGACUAUGAAAUAAAACCUAACAUUGUGAAUAGAAGAGGAAUUUACAAGGAUCUUUUCAAGUCAGGCAAACCAUAUGAAGAUUACCAAUUGAGACCUAAUUUUCCAAUUGCAAUGGUGGUGGCACCAGAAUUGUUUACACCUUCAUUUGCACUAAAGGCAUUAAAAAUUGCAGAUGAUGUUAUUGCUGGACCAGUUGGUAUGAGAACGCUAGAUCCUUCAGACUUGAAUUAUAGGCCAUAUUAUGUUAAUUGGCUAGACAAUGAAGAUUUUGCGACUUCAAAAGGUCGUAAUUAUCAUCAAGGGCCCGAGUGGGUUUGGGUUUUUGGGUAUUUCCUUAGAGCAUAUGCGCAUUUUUACGCUGUUGAUAUAAAGGCCAAAGGAGGAACUAUUCCAUCAGAAGAUUUGCAGCAAUUUCUAAGUUCCAAAUUAAAAGGACAUAAAAAAUGGUUGAGAGAAAGUUCUUGGGCAGGAUUAACAGAGCUAACCAACAAAGACGGUAACCUCUGUGAUGAUUCCUCGCCUACUCAAGCUUGGAGUGCUUCAUGUUUAGUUGAUCUUUAUUACGAUAUUUGGAGGCUUGAGAAUAAGAAAUAA